AAAUUACUUCUGUAUUAUUCCUAAUUACUGUCCUUUUAAUUUUAACCAGGUCAUGAAAAUUUACAACUUGUUUUUCUUUGCUGCCACGUCUUUUUGCAACGCUUUUAAAAUUCACACUUACCAUAAACGUUUACUGUGUCAUUUUGGGUCAUGUUACACUGUGCAGUUGUCCACGGCGAUUUACGCUUUAAAUUAAUGGCGUCCUCACUGUGAGUAUAUUUCUGGAGAAUCGAAAACAGCUAGCUACGCACAGCGAAUCAAGGCUCAGACACUAACUUGUGCAUUUUCUGUUCUGGAAAGACUAUAAUAUGGAUUUUAUCCAUUUUCUUGGGAUAUCCAUUGCUAUUUUAUUUGUAACUGACCCAUCAUUUUCUGUUGAACUGACUUUUGAGCUAGAGGAUAAUGCAAAAGAAUGUUUUUAUGAACGAAUCAUGAAUGAAACCAAAUGUACAUUGGAAUUUCAGGUUGUGACUGGUGGGCAUUACGAUGUUGAUGUUGUUCUGAAAAAUCCAAAUGGAGAGAUUUUGUAUGACGAAAAGAAGAAGCAAUAUGAUAGUCAUACAUUUGAUUCAAAAAUACCAGGGGAAUACACGUUCUGCUUUAGUAACGAAUUUUCUUCCGUCACGCACAAAACAGUUUAUUUUGAUUUCCAAACUGGCGAGGAGCCGUCACAGAUACCAGGAAUAGGGAACCACCAUACAGCGCUAACUAUGAUUGAAUCAUCUGCUGUGCAAAUACACGAGUCCUUAAAAGUUAUCAUAGACUAUCAAACACAUCAUCGAUUAAGAGAAGCUACCUCCAGAGACAUGGCUGAAUAUUUAAAUGAAAGAGUACAGUAUUGGUCUAUUGGACAGGGUGUGAUUAUUAUGGCCAUGUCUUUACUGCAGGUUUAUAUUCUUAGGAACUUUUUCGCAGAGAAACGUGAUAGGUUAUAGUAGUAUUAUAAGCCAUGCUGUGGUAAUUUAUUUAGAGUGCGUAGUAGAUUAUAUUUCCCCGCUUCUGUUGACUUUGUUACCAACAUGUUCAUGUUGUUAUUUUAUUAGGGUAAAUUUGGACCUUAGUGUUGUUGAUGUAGUGGUAUAAUUCAUCAUCUUGGUUAUUUUUAAAUAUUUUAUUUUAUUAUACUUUUUGAGCAAUGGAUUCUUAUUAAUUUUGUAUUUAUCCAUACUUAAGUCUAGUUAGGUCUGUUUCACAUAAAGCUUCGACUGUUCUUGACUUCCUGCGACCUGUAGGAAUAGAAACAUUCUCAAUCAUAACCUUUCGCUAUAUACCUGAAAGUUUAUAUGCGGUAGGAGUUUAUGGCACGUAUUGCAACGCACCAUAGAUGAAGAAGUUGCGUGAAUGUUAUAGAGCGAAAAUCUUUCAUUGAAAAGUAUUUCUUCUCAUUGAGUUAACUUUAUGUGAAACUUUGGUAAGGAAAGCCUACGAGUUAUUUCUGCACAUUCUAAAAUAGGCUUGAAAAAACUGGGUUGUUAUUUAAUUGAUUUUGUACGGACAUAUGUUUUGUUGCGUGGAAAGAUUUAAUGGACUUAUUUUCAUGUUCAAAUAAACUUUAUUACAUUUUA